CAAACAGUCACGCAAUCAUCAGGUAAUUCGAGCCACUUUGACAUCAAGGUUCGAAACCUACUUUCGGRGGCUUGAAGCUCCCCUCAUUGCUUUUCUUCUAAGCUAUCUUACAGCUUAAAAAAACCUAAUUUGUUUUUAAAACGARGCAAUGAGUGUUAUACUUCGCAUUUCUGUCGGAAAACACCUCACACGAGCUUCAAAAUUAUUUGCAAAUCAAACAUGGCGUCCAUAUUCUACGACGUCAUCCAAGCUAGCUCCAGCAGCCGCAGAGCUGAAGGGCACCUUGCAAUCAAUCCUUGGAGACAAAAAUGUCUCCUCUGCAAUGGCUGUAAGAGAACAACAUGGCAGAGAUGAAUCGUAUCAUGAGUGCCACCCAGCAGAUUUGGUUGUAUUUCCAGCCAAUAAAGAAGAAGUCAGUGAAGUUGCUAAACUGUGCUAUUCRAAUGAUGUCCCUAUGGUAGCCUAUGGGACAGGGACUGGCUUGGAAGGUGGCAUUGUAGCCUUAAAGGGAGGUGUGUGUAUUGACUUGGGAAGAAUGGAUCAGAUUGUUAAUGUGAAUGAAGAAGACUUUGAUGCUACRGUUCAACCUGGAGUAACGAGGGAAAAACUCAAUGAAUACAUCAGAGAUACUGGUCUGUGGUUCCCAGUAGAUCCAGGUGCAAAUGCUUCAAUAUGUGGAAUGUGUGCAACCAGUGCAUCAGGAACCAAUGCUGUCAGGUACGAGAAAAGAGAAAUUACUUCAAACAAUGAAGGAUCAGAUUUUCUUUGGGCAAAGGAAGCAGAGGAGAGAAAGAAGCUCUGGAAGGCAAGACAUAACGCGUGGUAUGCUGACUUGGCUUUGAGACCUGGCUGCAAGGGUGUUUCCACUGAUGUCUGUGUACCAAUAUCUAGACUACCAGAGAUUAUCGUAGCAACUAAGGAAGAUAUUAUUGCAUCUGGCCUGAUAGCACCAAUCGUAGGCCAUGUCGGAGACGGCAACUUCCACUGCUUCAUCAUUAUCGAUACGUCCAGCAAAGAAGAGAUAAAGAAUGCUAAGGACUUUACCCUUCGUCUCGGAAGACGAGCUCUAGCCCUGGGAGGAACAUGCACAGGGGAACACGGUAUUGGAAAUGGAAAACACAUUUUACUYGAGGAAGAAAUUGGACCUACAGGAAUCGAAGUAAUGAAGAGCGUUAAAAGAACCCUGGAUCCAAAGAACCUCAUGAAUCCUGGAAAGGUUCUGAACAUGUGAUCGCAUCGGGUUCCCUGURUUUUUAUCAUCUCCGCAACCCCAAUCUCGUACCCAGAGCCAACGUUCCUCUUUGUUAGUGCUGCYCAAGAGGAACGUGGGCUCUGGGUACGAGAUUGCSGCAACCMAUUUUCGUUCCCACAGCCUGCGCCUUUGCCGCUGGUUGGCAUCAGCGCAGGCUCUGGAAACGAGAAUAACCCUAACAUUUGUAUUUGGGUUGCCUGUGUUUUUAUUUCCGGACCUCAAAACUAGCUAAUCUCAACCAUUGCGCAUGGUUGGAAACUCUGUAAAAUCUUGUAAACGCUAGUGUUUUGGGCUUAUGGUUUGCGCUUAUGAUCGUUCGGGCUCCCUGUGCUUUUAGUAAUUAAGCACAAUUUUUUUGUUAGGAUAAGUCUACUUUCUAUGAUCACGUGACUUGAUAAACUCGAUAUCAUUGCUUAUAACUAGAAUAUCUUACGUAGCCAAAGCUAAUAUCUGACGUAACAAAUUUAAUGUAAUUGGGAAAGCUAAUCCUAAAUGCCAAAUUACGGCGAAUGGUAACACAAGAGAAAGUCGGCUAAAAAACUACGCCUUUGCCCGCGAAGUUGCAGGUCGUGUUCACGCUGGGGAAUUUACGAUUUGCAAAGUCUUCGACAGCGACGCCAACUGGAACCUUACGCCAAACGCUGCGGAAGUAGAAUUCGAUUGUAUUUCUGCAUCGUUGUGCGAGUUGGAAAAUGCUAAAUAUUCCACGACAAUUAUUACCUCCUGCGAAUAAUUAAUAAUUUAAUUAGCAGAAUAGUACCAUACAUAAUCUCAUGCAAUUAUUAAACCUAUACCUUCUACAGUUUGUACAUAGUACCUGUAGAUGGAUUUUACUUGGCCCGUAAAAUAACGAUGACUACAUUUUAAUGAACUCUAGUUCCAUAGUUUUUCUUUUCUUUUACCUUGACUAUUUGUAAAAGUCUCUAAUCAAUGGAACUUCAGGGUCGGAUGCAGAGGAAUGGUUUGGGGCUUGGAAACGCCGUAUGAGAAUCUCGAUUUCGCCUUAUAUACUGUUCGCUUCUUUUUUAUUUCUUUUUUUCUUUUCAUUUUCUUUUCCUUUUCUUUUUGUCUCGUUUUAUAUUUUUAUUUUUUUGGUUCGGUGUCUUACAGAUGAAUGGCCCUUKAACUUGAACGAAGAAUCCCCUCUUAGAAAAUCCUGGAUCUGCCCUUAAACUUUGUUAAAUGGGCCAAGUAAAAUCAUUUUGGUGCUAUAUUACUAGCGAAUUUAUAGUGUAUUUUUAUAUAUAAUCAAUAGAGGCUUUGCACCAUCACGUGGUGGCAGCCAUGACAGGAGGCAGGACCAAUAGGACGUUUACAUGAUGAMRUYAUUUGACCCACWACCAAGAUGGUUUGCGAAUUUUUYUUCAUGGUAGUAGAGGUCAUCGACGUCAUCGUGCAAACGUCCUAUUGAAUCUCGACUAAUCUGAUUAACAUGAGAAAGAAUUCAGGUUCCCUGAGAAGAAAGACUAUCGCUGUGCCUCCUACCAUUGGGUGGCCGAUCACGUGAUGGUGCAAAGCCUCUAUAGUCCCCUUGCAUGUGACGUCAAAGCAGCUCGAACUGGGAGACAAAACGAAAGAAUUCCAAUCUCCAGAGGAUUGGAACCUAUUAUUUUGACCCCCAGAUUAAGCUGCAUUCCAAAGUGCUGCAAGGGGUCUAUGUAGAAUGUCAUAGAAUCUUCAAAUAUAUUGUAUUCUAUUAUUGAGAAUGGACUCUAAUACUAUCCAUGCAUAUCGAAAGCUUCUACAAAAGAGAAGCCACUUAAUAGUUUUAGUUGACCUAUUUCAUAAAUGGACGUCAGAGUUAA